AUUAGGAUUUUUGAUCUGGGGCGGAAGAAGGCGAAUGUUGACGAAUUCCCUCUUUGUGUGCAUUUACUUUCUGAUGAGUACCAACAGUUAUCAAGUGAAGCCCUAGAAGCUGGACGUAUUUGUGCCAACAAGUACAUCACAAAAAUGGCGGGAAAAGACUCUUUCCACUUGCGUGUUAGAGUUCAUCCCUUCCAU